UAUGUGCUGGCUUGUUGAUAAGUCGGACCACGGGGCACUUGCUGAGCCGAGGAGCAGCAUACUUAUCAACAGAUUGUGUGCUCAGGCACCGCGACCCUACUCUUGGGCCCCUAGGGGCGGGGUUUUCCCACAGGGGACCGUCGGCUUGCUCCGGCUGCCUGGCACGCGCUAGUGUUUAUUUGUGUCACAAUCACCUCUUGAUUGACAGCUGAGUCGCUCGCGGUCAGAUUACAGUUACACUGUCACAACACGCACAACCAAUGAAAUUACCCAAAUGCUGUCGUGCCCAAAAUGGAGCUGUGUGAUUGGUCGACCGUGGCGGCAUGCGAGCGUGGGAACGGGUUGCGGGAUAUCUUCACACCGGUCGCUAGAGGUAUGAUGGACCUUGGUUAUAUAGCUAUGUCACCGGGAAAAUACGUCAUUCUCACGGUCUGACUGAAGGAAUUGCCUGAGCAGAAACAACCACCUGUAGCCGUGCAGACGACAUAGAAGCAGACGACCACUUGUUGAUCAUGACGGAAAGCGAUUCAAGCGGUCCAUCCUCCCCAAGAAAAGGGGAUGAAUGUAAAUCAUCGUAUAGAAAAAGUAACAAGCCUCUUAUGGAGAAGCGACGUCGUGCACGCAUCAACACGUGCUUGGGACAACUGAAAACUUUGGUUCUGCAAGCCAUGAAGAAAGACAAUGCCCAGUAUUCCAAAUUAGAGAAGGCUGACAUCUUAGAACUGACUGUGAAACAUCUGAGGAACGUUCAGCGACAUCAAAUGGCAGCUGCCAUGGCAACCAGCCCUGACGUCAUCACAAAAUAUCGAGCUGGGUUCAACGAGUGCGGGGAGGUGAUGCGAUACUUGUCCAGUGUCCCUACAAUCGGGGAUGACAUGCGUACACGUGUCCUCAGUCAUCUAGCGAACUGUCUCCAAACCCUCAACUCCCAGCCCGUGGCGGACAUAGCAAUGCAACAAACAGGGCAUCAUGGGAUACAUAUUCAACAUCCGGCCUACACCGGAAAUGCCUGCAUGGGGAACCCUUCAGCGUUUCAGACAAUGGUGAAAGAACAUCCCUCUCCCCACAAGCAGAUCCAGAUGAACCCCCAAUGCGUGACCACGCCCGUGCAGUUUAUCCCAGGAACCCUACCCACGGGACAGGUGGCUUUCGUCCUGACAUCGCCCUCCCCUGUGCAAGCCGUACCGUUAUAUGCAGCGCCCUCUUCAGACAGAAAAGUUGAGACAUGCGUAAAACAGGAAAUUGUGUCUCCGUCGCCGUGUGACAAAACUGUGAAUCGAUCCCCAGUUCCUCACCCCCCUUCACCCACCAGCGCCCCUCCCAUCUCCCCUGUGUAUCCUCACCCCCCGGGUCAGGCGGGUAUUCGACCAGUAGCGGAGGAGCCAGUGUGGAGACCGUGGUGACUUGUGUAUGUAACUAUAGUGACUGUGAACAGUGCAGUGGAAUUUCACGUGUCGCGCUGUUUACACGUGUCUAUUCACAUAUGGUGUGUGUAUGUUUCAGUGAAAACGGGCUAAAAUGAAAUUGGUGAUGCAGAUAUGCAAUUCUUUCUCUAACGGAACGUGUGACUCGUAACGCGGUUGUCUCCCCUGUUGCUGGUCAACGGGGACGUAUGAACGGGAUAACCUGUUCUUUUCUGUGGACCAUAUUGCAGCCUUGACAGUUCAGGGUCCAAUUAUUUCUGACAUUUCUGCAAGAAAGCAACCAUUUCCAAUGGCCCAACUGACAUUCCUUACAGAAGCGGAUACUGACAUUUACCAAAGAAAGUCCCGCCAUUAUCAGAACAGUUCAUGUUCGACACAAACUCUAUGCAUCGUGCCACGUGACACUUCGACAACUGAUCGUGCUCUGUGAUAUUUAUUAGCAUUAAUGUGCCUUAUUGAUGAUGAUGAUGAUGAUGAUGAUGAUGAUGAUCAUUAAAAUGUUCAUGAAAAGCAA